AUGCUCACCCAGAACCGAGUUAGCAGCCGGACCCGCGGACGAGUUCCAGAAGCCCCUGAUGGUAGUGGCCAACUUCUGCGGCGACGCCGCGACGGACGCUACGAUUGCAGCGUGCAGUUUGCUGCCGGUUGUGCCGCCGUCUCCCGCCGCAGCCGGUCCGACUUGGUCGGCCGUCGCGAGCGUCGCGUCCGUAUCCACCUUGACCGAGCGUCAACUUUGCGUACCGACCACUCCGCGACUCCCCUUGUAACCGCACUCGCGUGA